GUUUUAACACACACCGGCCUCGGCGGCCUCACCAUUGCCAUGCCAGUCAGCCGAUUUCCUGUUACGACAGUUCAAAACCAAAACACGAAAAAGUAGUCGCAUUGAGAGUUCCGUAGGUGCAACCAUGCGCACAAAUUCCUUUGUGAUGUUUGAAUCCAUGGAUUCACGAUGAGCACAGUUGGCGACAACCGGCGGAGACGUACAAGGAGCGCAGUCUGCUACAAGCUAACUGGAGGGCGAGGCGACGAGUCCACCGUGCUACGAUGCCUGAGCGAGGGCAACGCAGGACAAGAACAUGACAUGGAGGAGGAUACUGGAUUCUUCAAGCAAGGCGACUUGGAGAGAAAGGUCAUGGCCCCGCGCUACAGCCUGCUUCGGGAGAUAGGGAGGGGCACAUACGGUGUGGUGUACGAAGCAGUGGCCCGGAGGUCCGGUGCGAGGUUAGCCGUGAAAAAGCUACGGUGCGACGCACCGGAAAACGUUGAGCUCGCCCUUCAAGAGUUUUGGGCACUGACAAGUUUGGAGAAACGCCACCAAAAUGUCGUCCAACUGGAGGAGUGUGUGCUUCAAAGGAACGGAAUGGCCCAAAAAAUGAGCCACGGCAACAAGCGGUCCAAGCAAUAUUUGCGGCUAGUUGAGACGUCUCUCAAAGGUGAGAGAGUGUUGACGCCUCCAGAAGAGCCGUGUUACUUGUGGUUUGUCAUGGAGUUCUGUGAAGGAGGUGACCUCAACCAGUUCAUCUUGUCCCGACGGCCUGACUCGCGAACCAACAACAGCUUUAUGCUCCAACUUACCAGUGCUGUGGCUUUUUUACACGAGAACAAGAUUGUACACCGAGACCUCAAACCGGACAAUAUUCUCAUCUCCGAGAGAUCGGGAACUCCUAUUCUCAAGGUUGCAGAUUUUGGCCUGAGCAAAGUUUGCGCAGGUUUGGGAAACGUCACUGAGGGCAAGGAAGGCGACGACAAAAGUAAAACUAUCAACGUCAACAAGUUUUGGUUGUCAUCAGCUUGUGGCUCAGACUUCUACAUGGCUCCCGAAGUCUGGGAGGGCCACUAUACAGCCAAGGCUGACAUAUUUGCUUUAGGAAUCAUCAUUUGGGCAAUGUUGGAGAGAAUUACUUUUAUUGAUGCCGAGUCCAAGCGAGAGCUCCUCGGAACCUAUGUGAGACAAGGAGCAGAUAUCGUGCCGGUGGGCGAAGCGCUGCUAGAAAAUCCAAAGAUGGUACUAAACAUCCCCCAGAAACGCAGGUCAUGCAUGUCUGAUGGAGUGAAGAAGCUGCUGCUGGACAUGCUUGCCGUCAACCCUCAGGACCGACCAGAUGCUUUUGAGCUUCAGACAAGAAUGGACCAGGUGAUGUGUCCUGUCUGACUGUCAUCCUCAUCAUUUCUCAGACAUGCAUCUUUUACAUGGAGCUGCUACUUCACUGAAGUGUCCCUGUUGUAUGUGAUGACGGAAGAUAAAGGGGGAAACGUUUGUAUCUGCAGUUGAAUACUUGCAUUUGUUGACCUAAGAACUUUUGACUUAAAGUUUCAUCGCUAAUCCUGAUGGAGAAUUUGCAAUGCCUUGAAUGUUCUAAUAAAAGAAGAAACCUUUCA